AUGUCCUACAUCCCUCCGACCGUCACGGCGGUCUCCGCUCCGGGCAAAGUCCUUUUGACGGGCGGCUACCUCGUCCUCGACCGCAACUACACAGGCACCGUCUUUGCCCUCGAUGCUCGCAUCCAUGUCAUCGUUCAGCAGCUGAAGAAGCAUCACCCCAAGAGCCCGUCCGCGGCAGCAGGGGAGGCGGAGAGAACGAUAGACAACAAGGAAAGCGAAGACAUGGUCGUGGUGCGGUCCCCGCAGUUCGUCGACGCUGUUUGGGAAUACGGCAUACAGCGGUGCGAGAAUGGCGGUGGAAUCAAAGUGAUACAGAAGGGCGAGGGACGGCCCAAUCCCUUCGUCGAGACCUCCCUCAACUACGCCUUGACCUACAUCAGCUAUGUCGCCGGCUCGAAAGACUUCGGCUCGCUGUCCAUCACCAUCCUCGCCGACAACGACUAUUACUCCGAGACGGCAUUCUCCAAGAUCUCUGGGAUCCAGUCACCCGGCCGGUUCGUCAACUUCGGCGUCCCCCUCCACGAGGCACACAAGACGGGACUAGGAUCCUCCGCCGCGCUGGUCACCGCAUUGGUAUCCGCCCUCGUCAUCCACCGCACGCUUCAACCCGAUGACCUGGGCCCCGCGCGCGACAAACUCCACAACCUGGCACAGGCUGCCCACUGCGCAGCCCAGGGCAAAGUCGGCUCGGGCUUCGAUGUCGCGGCCGCCAUCUACGGCUCCUGUCUCUACCGCCGCUUUUCGCCCUCGAUCCUCGAGUCCGUUGGUGACGCGGCCACGCCCGGUUUCGAAGAGCGUCUCUUCGCUAUCGUCGAGGAUGUCGACCCCGCCCACCGCUGGGACACGGAGUGCCUGGACUUCGGCAUGAAGCUGCCGCGCGGUAUGCAGAUGGUCCUCUGCGACGUCGAGUGCGGCUCCCAGACCCCCUCGAUGGUCAAGAAGGUGCUGGAGUGGCGCAAGCAGAACCCGCAGGAGGCCGACCUGUUGUGGACCGCCCUGCAGUCCAACAACGAGCACCUCUGCCAGGAGCUCAAGGCCCUCUCCCAGAAUUCCGCCGCAAACAAGGACGCCAGCAGCUACACCCUGGCCGAUUUUGGUGAGGUGCGCAACCUCAUCCAGCGCUCUCGCAACCACAUCCGCAGCAUGACCGCCAAGUCGGGUGUGCCGAUCGAGCCCAAGGUGCAGACCGAGCUGCUCGACGCCAUAUCUGAUCUUGACGGCGUCGUCGGGGGUGUCGUCCCCGGCGCUGGCGGGUAUGAUGCCAUCGCCGUGCUGAUCCAGGAUUCGCCCGAGGUCAUUCAGCGGCUGGAAGACUCCUUCGCUUCCUGGGAGAGCAAAGUCGAAGAUGACUUUGGGGGCAAGAUCGGUACAGUCAGGCUGCUUGGCGUGCGCCAUGGGUCGGCGGGAGUGCAGAACGAGGGGUUGGAUCAGUACGCUGGGUGGGUCUGA